GAACAGUSCGUACGUACCGUACUACGAUUUGAUUCGACCAGAAAGAUCUUUGAUGAAUCAUCAUMGCCGGUGAGUUUCAGCCGGAAUAAAUUUUUCAUGCGUGGCAAAAUCCGGCAUGACUAAAAUUAUUGACUGUACUCGUGAUUUAGGCUCACAAUUAUUACUAUGAAUCCGGAUCUUUUGCAAUCGAGGCUUUCUCUUUUGGCCAUGCCUCAAGUCCACAGGUCAAAAUAAAUAAAUGAUGAUACCUAAAAAAUCCCAGUAAAUUUCUAUUUUAUUUUACAGUAUCAAAUUGCUUAAUAACGGUAAGUGUCAGGCUUGAAAGGACCUUCGAUAGGAAUUCCAACGUAGUCGGAUUGUUCCUUGGAGAGAAGGGUGAGCUUGGCUCCRAGGGAAGGAAGGUGAAGCUUGGCGACCUUCUCRUCGAGGUUCUUGGGAAGAACGUAAACCUUACCGCGUUCGUACUUUCCGGAGUCUUUCUCUCCGUAAAGCUCGAGCUGGGCCAAGACCUGGUUUGUGAAGGAGCAAGACAUGACGAACGAAGGGUGACCGGUAGCACAUCCCAAGUUGAGAAGACGUCCCUCGGCGAGGACAAUAACUCCGUGGUUGUCUUCGAAGACGAAUUUGUCAACCUGGGGCUUGAUGUUGAUGCGCUUGGUGGCCUUCAUGAGUCCUUCCAUGUCAAUUUCGUUAUCGAAGUGACCAAUGUUUCCGACGAUGGCAUUGUUCUUCAUCUUGGCCAUGUGGUCCUUCAUGAGGAUACCCUUGUUACCGGUGGUGGUAAUGAAGAUAUCUCCGGUCUCGAGCACGUCCUCGAGAGUGGUGACGGUGUAACCUUCCAUGCAGGCCUGAAGGGCGCAGAUGGGGUCAAUUUCAGUGACGUAGACGACACAUCCGUUGGCACGCAUGGCGUGAGCACAUCCCUUACCGACAUCUCCGUAUCCGCAGAUGACAGCCUUCUUUCCGGCAAGCAUGACAUCGGUGGCACGCAURAUACCAUCGGGAAGCGAGUGCUUGCAUCCGUACAAGUUGUCGAAUUUGGACUUGGUAACGGAGUCGUUGACGUUGAUGGCRGGGAACAAGAGGGCCCCGUUCUUUUCCAUGGUGUACAAUCUGUGGACACCGGUGGUGGUCUCUUCGGAGACUCCGUGGCAUCGUGUGGCAAUCUUGUUCCACUUAUCGGUCUCUCCGGAUUCGAGGAGACGCUUGAUGAUGGUAAGAACAAUCUUGAAUUCAGCGUUGUCGGUGCUGGAAGGAUCGGGGAGGGUUCCGUCCUUGAGGAAAAGGUCUUCGGCCUUCUUACCUUCGUGGAUGAGAAGGGUCAUGUCACCACCGUCAUCGAUAAUGAUAUCAGGUCCGUGUCCCUUGCCAUCGUCGUCUUGCCAGGUGAGGGCGUUCAAAGUGCACUCCCAGUAUUCCUCGAGGGUCUCUCCCUUCCAGGCAAAGACAGCGGCGGAUUCAUCACGUGCAAUGGCGGCRGCGGCGUGAUCCUGGGUGGAGAAGAUGUUGCACGAGCACCAUCGGACAUCGGCUCCAAGCUGGUUGACAGUCUCGAUGAGAACGGCAGUCUGGAUGGUCAUGUGAAGGGAUCCGGAAACACGGGCUCCAUUGAAAGGCUUGGAAGGUCCGUAUUCGGUACGGCACGCCAUAAGUCCAGGCAUCUCGACCUCGGCGAGCUCAAUAUCCUUGCGACCGUAGUCGGCWAGGGAAAUAUCGGCAACUGAUUCACAAAUUAAUUAUUUCGACAAAGGAUACCAAAAAGAAAAGGAUUCGGUCGAAGUGAAUCACACAUCGUUAGUUUCGUUGGCCGGGAAGCACAUGGGAUACUCAUAAUCAAGUUCCGUAUAGUUCAGCGACAUAUAAAUAACAUACCUUUGU